AUGGAUGCGAAGUGGCAGCAGAGCGCCUUCUUUCUCUUUGGCAUCGUUCUCCCUGGUCGGACAAUUGAAAGAUCACGACUCACGAGCGCAUGCUUCUGAUCUUCUUGCUGGAGUUCUCUCGUUCUUCAGGAUGUUUCCUCUAUGCGUGGAGGGCCUUUAUCUUCUACAAGAUCGGCUCUUCCCUCAAGGAUAUCGGAAAUGACGCCACAAUCGUUCAUCAGAUCAACGUAAGUCGGGCGGGUGAGCGGAAGGGCAAACACAGAUCCAUCCAUGUCGUUCGCUGUGCUGCAUGCAGGAGGUGCGCAUCCCAUCAGAGCAAGCAGCGAGUGGCAUGACUUCUUGUUUUGUAGGGCAUUCGUGACUUUACCCACAACGACCCCAGGAAGACAUACCAGCCGCCGCCUCGAAAGGAGCCGACACACGUGCCGAGGUUCCUCGCUUUGGGCUGCAUUGGGGCACUGCUGAUAUGUGCAAAGCAAUUCAUGCGAUUUCCUGGUCAGUCAACAAAACAAGUGACUGACUGACUGACAAACGAGAGAUUUGGUGACGGCGUGUUGGUGUCUGUGUUUUCAGCGAGCAAGCGAAAGCAAAUUGUCGAGAGAGUCUGGAAGAGCCGGCGGAAGUGA